UUGGGAACAGCAGACAACUAACUCAUUCUUCUAGGCGCCCUCAUCCACCGCGCCAGCAUCCUAGACAAUGUACCGCUUUAAGCAAGCACGGUUGGUUUGUUCCCUCAGAGCGAAUCCGCAUAUAUAAGGUACUAGAGUACCUUGCACAAUACCGCAAGUUUUACUGCCUUGAUCAUUUCUAACAGCUUGACUCAACCCGGUAAAAUCUCUCUACACACUAAGCUUUCCUUGGUUUUUGCCCCAUAGAAACAUUACCUGGGUUGCCCACGAUGUGUGUAUUUGUGGAAACAACUUACCGGUGCGGCCAUGGCAAUAUGCUUGCCCAAUACUCGGGCGACUGCGCGAGGGCGCCCGCCCAGAUUGCCGAGGGACGGAGUGCAAGAUCAACCACUUUAUGUCCCUGGCCCUCCAUAGAAAACUUUGACCACCAUGUAUACCACGAGAAGUGCGCCGUUUGCUACGCCAAGUUCAAGAAAGAAAUGCAGGCCAGAUUUGACGCCGAGUGGGAUUUCCAUGCACAACAGGCUCGCAGCAGCCGCACCCUCCUUACAGUCUUGGACGGCUGGAUGGAGGAAAUGGACGAGCUACGCGAGGCCCUUAUCGAUAUAUGGGAAGCCAAGAACAAGAUCAUGGAUUUAGACCCAGCUGUGGAAUACUCGAAGUGGCUCCGCUCGCUUUUCGUACUCCUCGACAGCCUCUUUACCGAGUGGACUCGCCUAGAAGCUGGCAAGCGGGAAACGGGUCCCAGCCGGGCUUACAAUAUGCAGUCCACUGACAGCAGUGAGCCCCCGAGUGAAGUAAGCGCCAGCAACCGGGACCUGAGCUGGUCGCGGCAGCGGAGGAAACGGCGGGCGUAUUUGCGGGAUCACCGACGGGACUCACUGGAGCAACGUCGAUGGAUGGCCGCCGCGCAAGAAGAUGUAUAAGUGGCGGAAGGUCGUAACAGCAAGGGCCUUACCACAAUGCAGUCUGCAGUCCAUAAUCUAGUUUUGUACUAAGUCUCUUUGCGUUGCUUGAAUGACAUGUGUUCUUCCUUGCACAUCAGAAGUUCAAUAUUGGCCCUCGGCUGUAUAGCCCGUGUAGGGUUUAACAAUGACAACUGGGAAAUGUCCCCUUGCCCGGGCCUGAACCGGACUUGCAUGUCAAAAAAUCAGGGCUGUCUGAUGCUCAAGAUCCCUCUGUCCCCGGUAGGUGGGUAGUACCUUCCCUCACUAAUUGCUUCUGUCAUGGUACUUCAAGCCGGCACGGCAUCUGUUAGUGUAGCCAAAAUUUUGUAUGCAAAAACGAUCCUCUCUACUACCGCUCUUAACAGA